AUGUUGCCUGCAAUCUUUAUUGUUAUAGGGGUUGUUCUCGCAAUAAUCUACAUUCGGACCAGACCUCGCAAGAAUCUCCCUCCUGGUCCCAAGCCCCUCCCCGUCCUAGGCAAUAUCAGAGACAUGCCAGAUGGGACAACCCCAGAAUACAAACAUUGGAUUAAGUUCAAAGACCUGUACGGCCCAAUCAGCCAUGUCUCCAUCUUCGGUCAAUCCCUCAUUAUACUCCACGAUCGUGACGCUGCGAACGCUAUCCUAGAGAAAACAUCAAUCAAGACAUCCGGACGACCACAGUUUAUCUUCGGGAAUGAAAUAAAAUUCGUUCAUCAGCAAUUGGGCACUAAAACAGCAGCAUCGCGAUUUCGGGACGUUCAAGACGUGGAAUCACGUCGGCUCCUAUUGCGGAUCUUGGAGAGCCCUGAGAAGUUGUCUACACAUAUAAAAACCGAAGCAAGCGCUAUAAUUCUGAAAAUAACAUAUGGCUACAAUCUCGAGCCGCAUAAAGCCGACCCUUUGGCGCUGUUAAUAGAGCAUAUGAUGCAUAAUUUCUCACUCGCAUUCGUCCCUAUGAGUUGGCCGGUUGAUGUCCUGCCGAUCCUUCGGCAUUUCCCAGAAACCCUACCAGGAAUGUCCUUCAAGCGCAUAGCCAGAGACUGGAACGCCAAUAUGCGCAUGGUAGUUGACGUACCGUAUCACUUUGUUCGGAAGAAAAUGGCAAAGCAAUCUCAUCGGCCAUCAUAUGUCUCUUCGCUCAUUAAGCAAUAUGAUGAAGGUCUGGAUACAGAGAGCGAGGCUGCCAUUAAGCAAACCGCCGCUGCCAUGUACGCUGGAGGCGCUGAUACCACUGUUUCGUCCAUCCGUGGUUUUGUGCUGGCUAUGUUGCUGUUCCCAGAUGUUCGGAGGAAGGCACAGCAAGAGAUAGAUUCCAUUGUUGGGGCCGAUAGACUUCCCCAGUUCGAAGACCGCGAUAAUCUUCCUUACAUCGAUGCCUUGGUCAAGGAAACACUCCGAUGGAUCCCGGUAGCCCCAAUGGGAGUCGCUCAUACAGCCGACGAGGAUAUACAAUAUAAGGGCUUCGUCAUCCCCAAAGGUGCAUCUUUCCUGCCAGCGGUAUGGUGGUUCCUCCAUGAUCCAGCGAUCUAUUCAGACCCAUCUUCUUUUGAUCCGGACAGAUAUCUGGAACCACGAAAUGAACCGCAUCCCAAUUUUGCCUCAUUUGGGUUCGGUCGCAGAGUUUGUCCCGGAAGAUUCCUCGCCGAUGACAGUCUGUUUAUCAGUAUUUCACGUCUCCUCGCUGCCUUUGAGAUAAAGAAGGCUGUCGAUGGGCGUGGCAAUGGAAUUGAACCUGAGAUAAGUAUCACGCCAGGCAUGAUUGGUCAUAUUCGUGACUUCCCAUAUGACAUCAAGCCAAGGAGCGAGAAGUAUGCGGACAUGAUCAGACGAUUGGAGUUGGAACAUCCAUGGGAAGAAGGAGAUGCUGGGUUGCUGGAGGAGGAGCUCUCUUUGUAUGCGGUCAAUGUUUAG